AUGCCUGGUCUUCCCACCAAUAUCGACCUUGACGAAUGUAUCGCCCGGCUCUACCGAAAAGAGCUUCUUGCAGACUCGGUGGUGGAGGCCAUUUGCUCAAAGGCGAAGGAGCUGUUGAUGAAGGAGAGCAAUGUGGUGCACAUUGCUGCUCCGGUAACGGUUGUCGGUGACAUCCACGGACAAUUCUUCGAUAUGAUUGAGAUAUUCAAAAUUGGCGGCCAUUGCCCUGAUACAAAUUAUCUCUUCCUUGACGCAGGCGACUACGUCGACCGCGGCCUCUUCAGUGUUGAGACCAUCUCAUUACUGGUUUGCCUUAAGCUACGAUACCCCUCACGAGUACACCUUAUCCGCGGGAACCACGAAUCCCGCGGUGUCACACAGUCCUACGGCUUCUACACCGAGUGCGCGCGGAAAUACGGUGACGCGAACGUCUGGCACUACUUCACCGACAUGUUCGACUUUUUGACCCUGAGCGUCGUGAUCAACAACGAGAUCUUCUGCGUGCACGGUGGACUCUCGCCGUCCAUCCAUUCCAUCGACCAAAUAAAGAUCAUUGACCGUUUCCGCGAGAUACCCCACGAGGGUCCAAUGGCUGACCUGGUUUGGUCUGAUCCUGAUACAGAGCGGGAUGAAUUUUCCCUCUCUCCCCGUGGAGCGGGCUACACAUUUGGAGCACAGGUUGUGCGAAAGUUCUUGGAGGUGAACAGCAUGUCUCACAUUUUACGUGCACACCAGCUAUGUCAAGAGGGAUACCAAGUUCUAUAUGAUGAUCGCCUAAGCACAGUAUGGAGUGCGCCUAAUUACUGCUACCGGUGCGGAAAUUUGGCCAGUGUGCUCGAAGUCAGCGAUCGGGGAGAGCGCUACUUUAACAUCUUCGACGCGGCACCUGAAAACGACGCCCACCGGAUGGAGCAGCUCGGCAAGCACCAGCAGAACCAGGAUGGCGGCCCUAGUCCAGUGAUUGACUACUUCUUGUGA